AUGUGUCACAGUUUCUUACUGUCGUUCUCUGCACAAACAGAAAGCCGACAGUCGUUGUAUAAACAUGAUUCACCAGAGGAUGGCGACGUGGAGCUAAAUCUGGUAUACUCAACCAUUCAACUGAACACCACCACUCAAUGUAAGUAUUCAAUUAUUGCAAUUUUGCACCAUGAAUUCCAUAGGUAUACCACUAAGUGCCAGAACCACUUGAAUGAUCAUACAAGCUCAGAUAAGCUUGUCUGCUGAAGUGAAAUUGCCCUGUUUUCUUUUUAAGCGCCCCAAAGAAGCUCUCGAGUCCCCAUACCAGAUGAAGGUGAAAACGUUAUAUUCUUGACAUAGUGCUUUUCUUGAAGUGACACAAGAAAGCCUCAGAUUGCAUAAUACAGCUGAGACAGCACUGUCCAGCACUGUCCUUAACAUGACAUAACAUGACAUAAUGCCAGUGUCUUUCCAUUAUUCUUAUUAUACUGUCCUUUGUCGUUUUAGGUGUCCACUAUGCUAUUGUGGACUUAGGGUAAACAGCUGAGGCACAACAGGCAGUAUGUAACUCUAGAGGUAUGUCAUACUGAAACUGACCUCCCUCAUUCUGACAGACAUUUCCCAAGACACCUUCAAAAGUAAUCAAUGAGGGUUUGGCAGUCAAUCUUAUUGCCAUUGUUCGCAACAUUGGGACAAUUUGGUAGAUUCAGUUUUUCUAUUGUUAUUCUCAUGGAGGUGCAAUUACAUAAUUGCACAAAAAUUGUUAUUGUAAUUGUUUUGUUACUGUAAUUGUAAAAAAAAUGUUACUCAGUCACAAUUGUUAUUGUUCUAGAGCGCAAUUACAUCAUUAUACUUCUGGGUUUCCUUACCAAGAAGUGAAGCGUUCCUUUUAAACACAAGUCACAUGAACCCCAAGAGGAACGCCAGUGCAGUCACUCGCCUCAACCACCACAGAACCAGCUGA